AUGCCAUCCAAGGCCAAACCCGCCCAAUCGGGCCUCGUCCGGCAAUACCUCCUCGCCUACAACGCCGCAAACUUCUUCCUCUGGACAACGCUCACAGUCCGCACGAUCCGCAUCCUGAUCAUCCAAGCCCUCGCCCACAAAUCCCUUUCGCCCACGCAAUUCAACAUCCCCGCCGUCUUCGCCGAUACCUAUGCGCCCCUCCUCCAGAUCACGCAGUCGCUCGCGACCCUCGAGAUCCUGCACAGUUUAAUCGGGAUUGUGCGCGCCCCGCUCGUCACCACGGCCAUGCAGGUCGCCAGCCGCCUGUUUGUGGUCUGGGCCGUGCUUUACCCCUUCCAUGCCUCGAUUGUCGGCGCGGGUGACCUUCCUGGCGAGUUUGGGUAUCUGGGCUGCUUGAUUGCGUGGGGCGUGACUGAGUGUAUCCGCUACGGGUUUUUCGUUAUGCAGGUUAAUGGCGGCGUUGAGACUGUGCCUAAGUGGUGGCAGUGGUUGAGGUACAAUACGUUCUACGUGCUCUACCCGAUUGGAAUCAGCAGCGAGUGUACGUUGGCUGUUAAGGCGCUGGCCGGUGCGCAGGAACUGCACCCGCUGUAUUACUGGUUUAUUGUCGCCGUUUUGCUGAUCUACGUGCCUGGUUCGUAUGUGAUGUACACCCAUAUGAUCAAGCAGAAGGGGAAGACUGCCGGUGCGAAGAAGGAGGGGAAGAAGGAGUAA